GGCAUUUCACCGAGGUAUCCACGCGACGGUUCGCAAUAGUUCAAGAUGCCACCAAAGAAGAAAAAGGGUAAGAAGAAGUCCAAGGAGGAGCUCGAAGAAGAGCGUCGGUUGAAGGAAGAGGAAGACGCCCGCAUUCACUUGGAGGAGCAACGCCGGCUCGAGGAAGAGCGCAAGCAACGCGAAGAAGAAGAGAGAAAGCGGUGCGAAGAGGAGGCCAAGAAUCGUGCUGCGGAGCUCGUGCGGCUCGCCGACGAGUACGCAUCCAGUUUGUCUGGCAUCGAAGCCAAGGCGAGUCGACUUGAGGCUGACUUGCGACGCCGCAAGGACCAAUACGACUGGCAGAAGUACCUCGCGUGUGACCCUAGCCCGGACGCAAGCGUCGAGAACGACAUCAAUGCGUUCUUGCACUCGUGGACGCAAGAUACUAACUACAGCGACGUCAACUUAGCCGCCCAGUCGUGCGAUGCGGCGAGGCUGGUCGUUCAGGAUUUGCUAUAUCUGCACAUGGAGGCCCGAGCGCUGCACCGCGAGCCGCAACUGAACCGCACAGCCAUGUACCUCCACAAACUCAUGACACUCACGACGGAAAAGUUGGACGCGACUACUGCGCACAUGCUGCAAUACGCCGACGAAUUCCUGGACCCCUCCGGCAAGGGCGAAGUCAGGGUGGCUGCCUCCGCUGGGCCCAUCAAGGUUGGAUUAUGGAUGAAUUUGGUGCCCAAAGGUCUGCGGAACAAGAAAAUUGACUUUUCUGAGCUCGGAGCGACCGUCGACGUCCCCAAGCCGGUCGUGAUGCAGACGCUGGCCGUGCGGGUUUGCUAUUUGCCGUAUGACGUGGCGACUCAAACGGCGCUGCAAAAUGUCGACGCGCCCCUGGGUGGAGUGUUCGGCCUCGACUUGCUCAAGAUUCCAGCGGCCCCCAAGGGAGCUCGGGGCUGGACCAUGCGAGAACUGAGCACGGAAACCAACGUCCGGCUCGAGUACCCCCUGGAAGGGUCGGUGGCGACGGCGUCCCUGGCGGUCAAAGUCACGCUGCUGCUUCCGGCGGACGUGCUGUACCCGGCCAACCCCCGUGUGGCGUGGUGGGACCCCGUCACACAAUCAUGGCUCGACGACGGCAUCUCAGAAAUCCUCCUCGUCGAGGAAACAAACAUGCUGUACUUCAACACGAUGAAGCUGACGCAUUUGGCCGUGGUACAGCGCCGGAAUGUGCACCAUGUCAAGCACUUUUGGACGAUGAAGACCACCGUGAUCGACGACGGGUCCGCCUUCACCGCUGGCGCGACCGCCGCCGUCCAGCUCGUGCUAAGAAAUGCCAUGUACAACACAAUCCACUUUGAGGUGACGGACGUGGGGGUGCGGCUCGUGGCGCCGGCCGUGCCCGCCCUCGCCGCCCUGAACGCGGCCUACCUGUCGCCGGAAGAGCUGCUCACCCGCCUGGGCACUGCCGGCAUGGACCUCACGCCCACGGAAGUGGACGACAAGCGCUUCGACGUGGUGCCCAAGCUGGCAGUCUUGGAGAAGCAUCUCAUCGCGCAAGUGCUGGGGCUGGUCGCGGCGUUCGAAAUGAAAAGUUUGAGUGGCGACGAGGACGAAGUGUCGCCGCAGUGGGAGCGCUGGAGCGACAGUCCCCGGUACGCCGUGUUUUGCGUCAAGGAGGUUGUGUGGCCGUGGCUGAAUCAAGCGGACGACGUGGACGACGUUGGCGAGUUCAUCCACGUGCUGGCUGAAGUCGACGAGGAGACCGCGGCCGAGGUGAAAUUCCGGACCAAUGCCACCUUGUCGGUCAACAACCCGUUCGACACGUACGUCCAUCUUCGCCACGCGCUUGCGACGCUGAGCACCCCCGACGCCAAGGACCGCAUGGACAACUCCAACCUGCUGCUCGAGGUCAACCUCCAGAAAUUUCUAGCCUUGUUGCGUCUCUUCAGCUACACCAAGCCCCCGAAGCGACGCGUCGUGGAAGCACGAGGUCGAAUGGUGACGAACAAGGACCAGCUGCCGCUAGCCUCGGCGGAGGCGAUGGACCCCGCAGAAAUGGCGACGUCACAAUAAGCACAAUAAUAUAUAUAUAUAUCCCACAUA